AAAAACCCUAAAUUAAACUUUUAAUUUUGUAAGUUUUAACCAAAGAUCAAUGUGGGCAUUUAAGACAAUAGUCCCAUUCGAGACGGCUGUCAAGCUGCAUCCACAAUGCCGCAAAUGGCCUACCAUGUGCUGGUUGUUCUUGAAAGUCUAUAAAAUGUUUAAGUACGCGAUUUUGGACCAAGAUCGUUUCUUUUGGAUUGAAUUAGGCUGUGUAUGCAUAUGCCUCAUGUCAAUCAAAUGGUGGCUAUGGCUAAGGAAUACUAAGCAGAGGCUCGAACAGGCUCUAAUAGACGAAAGGAGGCUCAAUCAUGUAGAGUUCGAGGAGAGCUUGUGCGAUCUCCUAUUAACUUCACAACUGAGGGCUGCCAAACAGGAGGAGGAGGAGAAGUCAGAGGAUUUGUCGAUGAUAGAAGCUGCAACGGAUAAUAACUCGGACAUGUUAAUGGAUACAUCCAUUUCGAGCAACGAAACCGGCAAUGAGUCUCAGGCAAGUUCGUCAUCGAUCUCACUAUGCCAUACCCCCAGGUACACCCAGGCCAACAAGAAGAAGAAGACUGCCGCUGUUAAGCGCAAGCAUCCAGUGCCCGAAACAAUGGCUAUACCUAAAAAGUCCCCCAAGUGGCGACUUUAGACUUUGGCAAUUUUUUAUUUUCUAAUCAGGGA